CUCUAGCCGUGUCAUUAGCCAUGCCAUCAAUACCAGCUCAGGCUAUCCGAUGCUAUCCAUGGAUGAUAUUUUGGGUGCUUCCAAACUGCCCUUUUCUAACGCAGAAUUUAACAAAUCCGUGACCGCCAGAGGGGUCUCAUUAUCAGAUUUGAUAUGCCUAACGCCUUCGGCAGGCUGGUUUGGGACGAAUGAAGAAGGCAAAAGAGUCAUAAGGGUCCAGUGUUACUCUAAUGAAGGCACAUCCAACUUCUACAUGAGGCCCAUUGAAGGGCUCACCUUGACGGUUGACUUAGAUAAAAUGGAGGUACUGAAAAUCUCUGAUACGGGCCGAGGUAUCCCGGUUCCAAAAAGUGCCAAUACUGAUUACCGGUACACAGCUCAAGAGAAGCAACCAGAAAUGGAACCAUUAAACCCAAUUUCCAUAGAACAACCCAAAGGGUCAAGUUUUAGAGUUGAAGAUGGGCAUACAGUUAAGUGGGCCAACUGGCUAUUUCACCUCAAGGCUGACCAACGCGCUGGUUUGGUGUUUUCAAGAGCCAUGGUACGGGACUCGGAGACGGGCGAGCUCAGGAAUGUGAUGUAUAAAGGGUUCACUUCAGAAUUAUUUGCGCCUUACAUGGACCUCGACGAGUCUUGGUAUUUUAAGUCGUAUAUGGACGCUGGUGAGUUUGGGUUAGGGACAUUAGCCCUUCCACUUGUGCCUUUAAACGAUUGUCCAAGGUACUCUUACUACAUGGAUGGGGUUUUUGCGGCUCCGGAUGGAAAGCCAUUUGUUCAGCCGAACAUGAUUUGCCUAUUUGAGCGAUAUGCUGGUGACAUUGGUUGGCGGCAUUCGGAAAGCCAGCUUAGUGGUUUUCAGGUACGUAACUUCAACAAUAGCAGCAAUGAGAAUUAGAAAAAAUAUAGUACAUUCAGAAGCGUGAUUAGGGAGACACGACCAAAAGUAACCCUGGUCGCCCGUAUGGCAGCAUCAGUGGGAAAUUACGAUUACAUCUUCGAUUGGGAGUUUCAAACGGAUGGUUUAAUUAGGAUUAAGGUAGGACUCUCAGGAAUGCUGAUGGUGAAAGGGAGUCCUUAUCAGAAUGUAUAUCAGGUGCCUAACCAAGAAGAAAUGUCCGGCCCUCUUAUUUCAGAGAAUGUUAUCGGAGUAGUUCACGAUCACUUCAUUAUCUUUCACCUGGACAUGGAUAUUGAUGGGGCUAAUAAUUCGUUUGUUAAUGUUAAUCUCGUUAAGGAAGAGAGUUUACCAGGUGAAUCCCCUAGGAAAAGCUACUUGAAAGCUAAGAGGAAAAUAGCGAAGACAGAAAAAGAUGCACAAAUUAAGCUUAAGUUGUAUGAUCCAUCAGAAUUUCAUAUGAUUAAUCCUUCUAGAAGGUCUAGGCUGGGAAAUCCACAGAUAUGGGUGACCCCCUAUAAUAGGAGUGAACAAUGGGCUGGUGGGCUUCUAGUGUAUCAGCGCAGGGGAGAUGACACUCUUGCCGUGUGGUCUGAAAGGAAUCGUCCUAUUGAAAAUAAGGAUAUCGUGUUGUGGUACACCAUGGGAUUCCAUCACAUUCCAUGCCAAGAAGAUUUCCCUGUAAUGCCAACAGUGACAUCAAGCUUUGAGCUAAAGCCUGCCAAUUUCUUCGAAAGCAAUCCAAUUCUUCGAGCUGCCCCAGCCUUUAAGAAAGACUUACCUGUCUGCAGGUCUUGAUUCUCGAUUGCUACAUGCCCCUCUCUCCCACACCAUAUUAUCGCAAUUCAUGCCUGCAGGAGGAGACCCAUAAAUAUUAAGGAAUAUGGAGAAUCUCAAUAGCCUUAAUAUGGCCUGAUAUUUUAGUCCCAGAAUCAAUUGGGACUAGUGGGGUUUACACCUGAAAUAAAACACAUGUAAAUUUCCAUGCAACUUCCACUUACCAAGCGACCCACAAAACAGACAAUAACUAUAUAUGAACAAAGAUAUUUGAAGUUC